AAUGCAGAAAUCUUCAGAAAAUACAGAGAAAAUAGCCUGGAAACCUUCAUCUUGGAGAUACAAGCAUAUAAAACAAAAUGUAAUAUAUGAAAAUCAAGAUGCACUUAAAAUGACUGUAAAUAAAUUGAGGUCAUUGCCACCACUAGUUCAUUUUCAAGAGAUUUUGCAAUUAAAAAAACAACUUAAAAAUGUUGCACUUCAUAAAUCUUUCUUAUUCCAAGGAGGAGAUUGUGCAGAAUCUUUUAAUGCAUGCACUUCUGUAAUAUGGAAUAUUCUAUCGAUAGUUUUGUGACUUUUGAAGGAUUUAAUUGAUUCCAAGUUAAAAGUUAUUCUUCAAAUGAGUAUUAUUUUGAUUUUAAACAUUAAUAUUCCUGUUGUAAAUAUAGCUCGUAUAGCAGGUCAAUUCUCAAAACCAAGAUCAAAGUCUACAGAAAUUAUAAACGGAAAAGAAGUAUUAUGUUUUAGAGGGGAAUGUAUCAAUGGUUACUCUUCAGAUGAGCGAAAACCGGAUCCAGAAAGGAUGUUAAAGGCAUAUUUUCAUUCUUCAACAACUCUUAAUUAUAUACGUUUGCUCUCAUCUUCUAGAGAAGACGGUUUAUAUACACUAUUAGAGUCAGAUUAUUCUUUUCUUCUGGAUAAUAAUUUAGGGAAAGAAUGUUUUACAAACAUUAAAUCCUUUGAUUUGUCAAAUUUAAAAAAAAUAAACGGAUUAGAUAGCAAUUUUUUAUUAAAAAAACCAUAUAUUUUUACAAGUCACGAAGGCCUAUUGUUGGAGUAUGAAGAAUGUAUGACACGAAAAAUAAGAGAUCCUGAAACAAAUGAAGAAAAAUGGUGGAAUUUAGGAGCUCAUUUUUUAUGGAUAGGUGAUAGAACAAGAGACAUUGAUGGUGCACAUGUGGAAUAUUUUAGAGGCAUUGAAAAUCCAAUAGGCAUUAAAAUUGGCCCAACAUUGAAACCUGAUGAAUUAGUCAGAUUAUUAGAUAUUGUAGAUCCUAAUAAAGAAUUAGGGAAAGUUACUUUGAUAUUCAGAUAUGGUUAUGAUAAGAUUAAAACAUAUUUUCCACAACAUAUUAAAGCAAUUCAAUCUUCAGAUCAUAAAGUUAUAUUCGUAUGUGAUCCAAUGCAUGGAAACACAUUAUUUUCUACUGAAUAUCCUAGUUAUAAAACAAGGAAAUUUUCUCAUAUUUUACUUGAACUUAAAUUAUGUUUUAAUAUCUGUAAAGCUUAUGGUUCUCACUUAGAUGGUGUUCAUUUUGAAUUAACUGGAGAAGAAGUAACUGAAUGCUUAGGAGGUAGUAUGCAACUUGAAGAUAAAGAUCUUCCCAAGACAUAUAAGACACUCUGUGAUCCAAGACUCAACUAUAAACAAAGUUUAGAAAUAGCAUUCUUAAUUGCAAAAUAUUGGAAAAAAUAUCAAGAUCCAGCUUCAUCUGCAUAA